AUGGCCGUCUGUGUGAAACUUCAUUCACACAGGAUUGUACUGCACUGUUUAUUUUUCCUGUUAGGUUUUGCAUUAGCGUUGGCGACAGAUGACAUUGAGCAAACAAGGGAAGCAGAAAUUGAAGUUCCUGUUGAAGAUGGAACAUCUGACACUGUAGUUGCUGAAGAGGUUGAGGUCUCUGCCUCGGAUGAAACAUCAGACCAAAAGAUCAAGGCUGCAGAGGAGGGUUCAGGUGCAGAUAAAGGAGAGGAGAAACAAGAGGAUGGUGCUUUGACUUUGAGAGAUAUUUUGCACCGUGUGAUGAACCCUUAUAGCUUUGAUGGUGUGUCAGAAGAAGAAACCUCUGGAGAGGCAGCUAAUACAUCUGAAUCAUCUCAAGAUUAUUCACUGGUGCCACCUGCUGGCAAUGAGACUGUUGAUGCAAACAGCACCCUACACAAUAACACCACUGCAAAAGUGAAAAAAUUCUCAUGCAUAGGCCGUAAUUUGACAAAUGAAACUGUUGCUACAGUUCGGCUGGUGAAUAGCACCACCUUGUUGCACAGAUUAACGUUUAAAAAUGAAAGCGAAGGGAACUGUGUUCUAGUGAUGUUUUAUGCACCUUGGUGCAUGUUUUGUGCAAGGACAGCUCCUCAUUAUAAUGCAGUGGCUCGGGCUUUUCCUCAGUUGGAAGUGGUGGCUGUAGAUGCAGUGCAAUUAAAUAGUUUAAAUGCUAGGUUUGGAACAGUGGCAGUGCCAAAUGUAGUGAUUUUCCACAAUUCAAAGGCUGUGGCAAAGUUUCCACUUCAAGAGAGGAACUUUACAAAUUUUGUUAAUUUUGUCACUAACAUCACAGGACUUCAUCCUUUAGAUAAUAUUAUAGUAUUAGAGGAAGAUUAUUUGGGUCCUCUGCCCAGUGUGCCUACACAAGACACAGACCUUGUGCUCUGUGUAUCAUGGGUGUUUGUGAUUACCUUUUGUGGAAUUCUCUUUGCAAGAUCUCGAACAGGACGUAAAAUUUGGACAUUUUUACAGCAUAUAGGAGCAGAGCAUCAGCAUAUUGAUUAGAACACCUAACUAACGAUUGUCCCAUCCAAAAAUAUUCUCUGUAAUAUCUACCACAACAUGUCGAAAGACUCAACACUGUCAAGCCCAGCAUAUUGUACCAGUGAACGUAGCUUCCAUCAAGACUGUAUAUCUUGGGCCUGCAGACUGAUGAAAAACCUUUGAAGACUCAAAGUGCUAGAAGACGGUUACAAAAAAAUAAAAUAAAAUAAAUAAAAAAAAAUAAAA